GAUUAUGACAAUCUGUCAUAUUGUGUUACUUCAGAAUACAAAGGAUGUAAAAUGAGACCUUAGACAUUUAAUGGUUAUGCUUAUGAAAUGGAAUGCUAUUCAUUAGAAUAAUAAGACUGUGUGUGGAAUAAAAAAAUAUGUGAAUAAAGAUAAUGUUAUCAUGCUCCAAUUCAUUCUACUCAUAAAGAUUGUCAGGGAUAUGGGAAUUGUAUGGGGAAAUUAAAUGGAGGAUGUUGACAGCCACCUUAUUUAAGUGAGAAAAUAUUGCAGGAAUAGUUUUGUGAAUUGACCUAUAAUAAAGAAAGAUGCAUUUGGGCCAAAGGUGUAUGCGAGUCAUUAGAAUGUAA